GCGGCUGCCACCAGACACCGGUUGAUGAGAUGGUCCGGUCGGCAUUACACAUCUAAUUACCCGACAAAAAGCGGCUGCAUGUUCGUUCUGGUCAGAGUAGUCGGAGGUAAACUUACCAGCCGCUGACGGUGGACUACAACACCGCCAGAAGAAGCGAGAGCAUUUCCCCGCCGCUGUCUUUUUUACCGUCACCCCGCACCGUGGCAAGAAGACCCUUCGCUUGUCUCACCGGCGUCAACCAUGAGCCAGAGGUUCACCGUCUCCAAGAGCGACGGCGACCGGCGCCCCUCAGACAUCCAGGGGGAGGUGAACCAGCUGUUUGAGGGAGACGAGCCCCCGACCAGCGGCGGCGCGGAGGGGGAGGACGCCGCCGGUGCCGAGGUGGUGGUGGUGCUGAAAGGUGACAGUAACCCCAAGGAGAGCAGCCCCUUCAUCAACAGCAGUGAUGUUGCCGCAGAGAAGAGCCAGCAGUAUGACGGCAAGAACAUGGCCUUGUUUGAGGAGGAGAUGGACACCAGUCCCAUGGUGUCGUCUCUUCUCAGCAGCCUGGCCAACUACUCCAACCUGCCCCAAGGUAGCAAAGAGCACGAGGAGGCCGAGAACAACGAGGCAGAGUCAUCACGCAAGAAACCCGUCAAGGUCCCCCAGCUCGGCACUCUGAUGGGCGUCUACCUGCCGUGCAUCCAGAACAUUUUCGGAGUGAUCCUCUUCCUCAGGAUGACCUGGUUGGUGGGAAUCGGAGGUGUCAUUGGGACUUUCAUCAUCGUCUUCAUGUGCUGUGCCACAACCAUGCUGACUGCCAUCUCGAUGAGUGCCAUCGCUACCAAUGGAGUAGUGCCAGGUGGGUGA